AUGGCCGCUAAUCGCUCAAGCGUGGCCGCGGGCGGGUCGGCCGUGUACUCCGCCCCCUCCCCCUUGCUUCGGACAUGCUCGUACUCCUAUCUCUCUCUCUCUCUCUCUCCUCAUCGUCGUCACCAGCCCCACCAAGGCCAUUCUAGCUCAAGCCACGUCGGCCCAGGGCAACUGCCGCCCGCUCCCGCGUCGGGGAACGGCGGCGCCCCCCCUCCCCACUCGCCCUCUGCAAGGGCCUUGCCGAUGGACGCCGCGCCCGAGGUCUCGCUGGAGGCGGCUCCCGCCGCCCGCGGCGGGCUCCUCCGCGGGUGCGCGGGCGCCGCCGGGCUGUCGCAGCCCACGGGCCUGGGCGGGAGGCUGGUGGUCCGGAACACGUUCCUCCACUUCCAGGAGUACGAGGAGGAGCGCAGGGUGCGCCGACUGUUCCGCAUCGCGUCGGCGCCGGAGCUGCCGCUCCCGCCGCGCGGCCCCGAGGCUCCCCGCGGCCAGCCGCCGUCGUCCUCGGGCGCCGAGUGGCGCACCACCGUGCUGCUCCGCAACGUACCGUAUCCGCUCACCCGGGAUAUGCUCGUGGAGCUCUUGGACGCGCACGGCUUCCGUGGGCAGUUCGACCUCGUAUACGUGCCCAGGGACUUCAAGACAAACCAGACGUUCGGCUACGCCUUUGUCAAUGCCCUCACGUCGGAGAUCGCUGCCCGCAUCCACCGCUCCUUCGAGGGCUUCCAAGCGUGGCCCGUGAAGAGUCAGAAGAAGUGCAGUGCGGGCUGGAGCAACCGGCAGGGCUUGCAGAGCAACGUCGCCGUCUACCGCAAUCUGACCGUCAUGAAAGGGUCCGCCCCCGAGGACUGGAAGCCAGCUCUCUUCUUGUGCGGCAGCCAGGUGGCGUUCCCCGCGCCCACGAGGAAGAGCGGGGCCCGCCAGAUGCGUCCGCGGCAUCGCCCCAGCGCGGGCGGCGGCGCGGCGCAGCGGCUUCCGGAUCUGACCGACGAGCUGGGCAUCCAGGCCGACGAGGUCUGA